GUAUAAACCAAACCAAAGUCGCACCUCCGGCUCCCACCGUGUCGCUGCACUCUCAUCCUCGCUCCUCUUCUUGUCCUCGCAACCCUCCGAAAUGCCGCCGAAGUUCGACCCCGCGCAGGUCGUCGACGUCUACGUCCGCGUGACCGGCGGCGAGGUCGGCGCUGCCAGCUCCCUCGCCCCCAAGAUCGGGCCCCUCGGCCUCUCCCCGAAGAAGAUCGGUGAGGACAUCGCCAAGGAGACCGCCAAAGACUGGAAGGGCCUCCGGGUCACCGUCAAGCUCACCGUCCAGAAUCGGCAGGCCAAGGUCUCGGUGGUCCCAUCGGCGGCUGCUCUCGUGAUCAAGGCCCUUAAGGAGCCCGAGAGAGACCGGAAGAAGACAAAAAACAUCAAGCAUAGCGGCAACAUCUCGCUCGACGACGUCAUCGAGAUCGCCAGGGUGAUGAGGCCGAGGUCCAUGGCCAAGGAACUGAGCGGGACGGUGAAGGAGAUCCUCGGAACCUGCGUGUCCGUCGGGUGUACGGUCGACGGGAAGGACCCGAAGGAUCUGCAGGAGGAGAUUUCGGACGGGGACGUCGAGAUUCCUCAGGAUUGAUGGGAAAAAAUAGGUCGCUCCUUUUUCUUGUUUUAUUAUCUUUUUUUUUUAAAGUUCGGCUUGGAGGAUUUUACUACUUGUGUUGCUCGGGUUCCGUUCCAAGAAGAUUAAUAGAUUCUUGAUUUUCGGGUUUUAUGUCGCGAUGAUGUAAGUCUAGUGUUUCUUGAUUUUCA